UACCUUCAAUAGACACUUCGCGACCAGAACGCAACAUGUCAGGACGUAUGGCUAUGGAAGGCUGGCCUACCUCACCACGUCGUAUGCAAUUGGCAAGUCCGCGCUUCAACUCGCUAACUGAUUUAGAGGAGGGACCGGAAGGAUCGGAACAGCAGCAAGAGUCACCAUCAUUGCAAGCGAAUCCUAUAUCAUCUCAACAUUCAUCGUCUGUAGUAGGUUCUAAUAACGCUGAUGGUCGUACCUCACCUAUACAUUCGAAAUCAGAGUUAAACGUAAUAAAAGAGUCUCAAAAUUACAUAAAUGAUAUUAUACCUUCAGGAAAAUUCUCGACAAAAAGUACACGCCUUGGAGAAUUGCAGCAAAGUGACAAUGAAAUACCAUCAUCACCUUUACUUGCAAAUGCUCAACCAUUAGAAACGACUCAACCGAUGCUAUCAUCCGGUAAAAACAAUUUUGGCAGUGCAAAUAAGCCGUUAGUCCAUGAGAGCAUGGAAUUAAGUGUCAUACCAAAAGAUACGCAUUCUGUGUCUGAAUGGGUACAAGAUGAUAAAAAAGAAUCCUUAAUACUUGAUAAUCAAAAAGAAAAUUCAAAGGGAAGUAGCGAAAAACGGCUAUCUGGGUCUUUUACAUCGAAAUUGGGAGGAAUAGAAGAAGAGUCAGAAGAACCAGAACAGUUAGAGCAAAAACAGCCAGAAUUAAUAAAAAAUACUAGUACUCGCAAAAUACGGACAAUGUUUUCAAAGGAAACACACUUAGAAGAACCUAAGUCAGAGCCCAUAAAAAAAUCGACUGGUGCAAAAAUCACACGUCGCCUGUUCACUUCAAUUCCUUCAAUACAAGCCAGACGAACUGCAACUCCUAUGUUGACAGUUAAUACCCCAUUACCAAUGCUGUCAGAAACCGAAGAUGAAGAAGAAGCAGAAUCAUCUAGUACAAAUGUUAGACAAGGGUUAAUAAGGUCACCUUCUGAUCAAUCGGACAUAUCACCAUUUCCAUCCGCGCCAAUAACACCAUCUAUAUCAGUGGUUUCAACUGCCCCUUCAUCUGCUAAAUCAAUGGCAUCGUGGCGAUGGCCAAAAAGACCUUUUAGUCCUGCUCGGGAAAAACAUAAAGAACCACAAAGUUCUUUAUCUGAGGAUAAUCCAGCAGAUCAUGUAGGAAAGGUAGGGAAUCUAUGGGCAAAAAAGACGUUAGGACAAUUAAGAAAAUAUCAUCAACGUCGCAGUCCAAGUAUAUUAGGUAGAAAAUUUGGACUGACGAGUCCUAUAAAAGAGUCACAUGGUCCAUUACAAUCACCCGUGAGCGACAUAUCCGAUUCUAAAAAAUCGACAACAAUGCAAGUAUUGGAAGAGACGCUAGAAACAAUUAAUGAGGAGGAUGAAGAUGAGGAAAUUGGCAUUUGGUCGAGCGAAGAAGUGGAUCUUACGGAACCUUGUACGGAGGAGAAGAAAAGUUUGUCACCCACAUCCAUGAAUGUAUUGAAUCGACAGAUCAUUGAAGAGGUUGUUGAAGAACCGCACGGAAUGAGAGUUUCACCAGAAUAUUUAACGGUAGUUGGAGGCCCAUCGGUAAAUGCAGCUAGUCCUAACACAUCAUCUGCCUCGCUCCCACUUCGAAGUAACCCAAGUAGUUCUUCAUUAGCAAAACAUAAUGCUAAACCAUUAUUCGAGACCACAUUUACAAUUUCCAACAAUACAAAUGAACCUCUCCGAUAUGAAAUACUAUGGCCUGCGUUCCGAUUUGACGUUAGCCCGGCAUAUGGUGUUGUUAAAGCUCAAGGCGUGACUGUCGUUAAAAUUUCAGUUAUGAAUAAGCACUUUUCUGCAGGUUCACGACGUGACGAGACCAAAGAUUCAAGAAAACUAAUGGGAAUCCUUAAAGGAUCGGAAACAAUUGACAAUAAUAAUAAGCCUUUGAUGGGCAGAACCAGGAUAUUGGUACUCUGUGAAAAUGGAGAACGAAAAGAAGUUGUAGUUGACAUUGUACAAGUAAAAAAGAAAGUAAAGGGUGAAACUGAUGCAGCACGAUCUUCAAAAAAUGUGAAAGAUUCAGAAGAUGACGAAGAUAAAUCACGAUCAACCAAUAACAAAGUAAAGACAUCUGUAAGCAAGGCCAUAGGAUCCACUAGCAAAUCUGCGAGUUUAUCUGUUCCCAAAAAGAGCAUGUCAAGUGGGCCCACUAGUCGUCCCAGCAGCCCAGAAGGUAGUAAUAAGUAUAAUCAUACAGUGAGAAAAUAUGCAUCUACAACAUCAAUUCGUAGCCGACCAAAUACACCGGAUACUUAUAGACAAAUUACGUCGCCUUCACCUGGUAUUCGUUCACGAACACCUGAUGAGUCCAAACCUGGAAAGCAACUCCCACAACUUACUUGGCAUCUUACUACUGCAACAAAUCCUUUUCUGCGUCGUUCCGACACAACCAAUUCAGCCCAAAAAAUAAAUGAUGAAGUCUUCUUGAUAAUGAAAACGAGUGGAUUACUUCGAGCAGGUCAAACUGAAAGAGUUGAUAUAAGCUUUCGUCCUGUUUUCAUUGGCACAUAUUCACAAAGUUUUAUGUUAGAGGAUUCGAUUAGCUCGGAAGGUUCUGGUGGAUUGGGUGGUGUUAGUGUUCGCGUUCAAGGCGAAGGAAGAGCGGAUGUAUCUAAUCAAAUAAAGGUUGAUACAAAAAAAAGUGGAUCGAGAACGAUGGACUUUGAAGUUUCCGAAUCUGAAAUUCAAAUUCCUGCUACCAGAAUUGGGAAACGCUCAAUUCCUAAUUUGUCAAUACCUUUGUCAAGUGUUCAAAUAAAACCGCAUGCAUCUGUUACCUUACCGGUACGUUUUCAACCAAGAGAAGUGGGUGAAGUUCGGGCUGUUGUCAAGCUACAAGCUAUCGGUAGAGCAGAGGUUUUGGUGGAUAUUAUUGCGAAAGGUGUGCAAGAUACUCCUAUCGCUACUGAGACAUAG